UCUGCUCCACCAUGCCCUCUUUCAGAGCUCCGUGUGGCCGCGCGCUCCGUCCUCUAACUCCGCUCGCGCUGCUGCUGCUGCUGCUUCUAAUGAGCGGAAUUCCCGCCACAUCGCGCGGAUCGGACCUGAUGCCUUACAUGCUUAACGUGUGCACAGAGCGCGAGGUGAAGCUGGUGGCUCACAUGCAGCCCUGCGUGCAAGCGUUCACCCGAAUGGUCAAAGUGUGGAAACAAGGAUGUGAAGGACAGUCGUGGUGCAUGGGCUAUGAGCGGAGGACAGCGUAUUACACUGCGUACAGACAAGUGUAUCGACAGACUCAUGAGACGGUUCACAAGUGCUGCCCAGGUUGGUCGCAGCUCAGCGGGGAAGCUGGAUGUCUCUACCCUAUCUGCAGCUAUGGCGUCUGUUUUAACGGAGGCCAUUGCAGAGAAGGGUCCUCUCAACUCUGUGAGUGCCCGGCUGGCUUCCACGGCCCCAGCUGUCAGUACGAUGUGAACGAGUGUGAGGAGACUAAUGGAGGGUGCGAGGCUCUGUGCUGUAACACCAUUGGCAGCUUCUACUGCAAGUGUCCAUCAGGACAGGAACUCAAAGAGGACGGCAGGACCUGCCAAGAUAUAGAUGAGUGUCUGGUCCAUAAUGGAGGAUGUCAGCACAAGUGUGUGAACACCAGAAGCUCCUUCCACUGCCAGUGCGAUCCUGGGUUUCGGCUGCAUGUAGACAGGCGCACCUGCAUCGCUCUCAACUUGUGUGGCAUGAACAACGGAGGGUGUGAACACUUUUGCAUCCAGCACUCAGCGGGUCAGUUCCAGUGCCGCUGCCGACCCAACUACAGACUGGCCGAGGACGGCAAACACUGCAACCGUGCAGCGGAGAACCCGUGUUCGCUAUCGAACGGUGGAUGUUCUCAGGAGUGCCACAGCAACGGGGACAACUCCUACUGCGACUGUCGCCCGGGCUUCAACCUGACGCACGACGGCAAGACCUGUGAAGAUGUAGAUGAGUGUCUGGUCCAUAAUGGAGGAUGUCAGCACAAGUGUGUGAACACCAGAGGCUCCUUCCGCUGCCAGUGCGAUCCUGGGUUUCGGCUGCAUGUAGACAAACGCACCUGCGUCGAUAUCGAUGAGUGCCAGACGGGUCAGGCGCAGUGUGCACACGGCUGCCGGAACACCAGAGGCUCCUUUGUGUGUGUGUGUAACGCUGGAUACGAGGUGGGAGCGGAUGGCACGCAAUGCUACCGGAUCGAGAUGGAGAUCGUGAACAGCUGUGAGACGAACAACGGUGGCUGCUCUCAUCACUGCGAACACAACUCAAACGGCCCGGUGUGCAGCUGUAACCAAGGCUACCGUCUCCACGACGACCUCAAGACGUGCACUGACGCGGACGAGUGUGUGGACGGGACCUCGUGUUGUGAGCAGGACUGUAUGAAUUACCCGGGAGGGUACGAGUGCUACUGCGCCGCGGGCUACAGGCUCAACUCGGACGGCUGCAGCUGCGACGAUCUAGACGAGUGUCUGGCUGAGAAUGGUGGCUGUGAACACACAUGUCAGAACAGCGCCGGCUCGUUCCACUGUUCCUGCAAACCCGGGUACGGGCUGGACACGGACCGCCGCUCCUGCGUGUUGCUGAGUGAAACAGUUCUCCACACUGGACAGGUGAAGGAGCCCUGGCUGGUAAACCAGCUCACAGAUUACAAACAGUUGGAGCUUUAUGAUGAUCACGAGGAGGAUGAAGGAGAGCUGCGGGCUGAGAGCACACUGACUGAGAGAUUCGUGUGUCUAAACGACACUUUUGGGUUCGACUGCAGUUUGUCCUGCGAGGACUGUAUAAAUGGAGGAGUGUGUAACACACACCGAACUGGCUGCGACUGUCCAGAUGGUUGGACAGGGAUUCUCUGCAACCAGACCUGUCCUGAAGGCUGGUUCGGGAGAAACUGCUCAUUCCAGUGUAAGUGUAAAAAUGGAGGGGUGUGUGAUCCAGUGACCGGAAGCUGUCGCUGUCCACCAGGUGUCAGUGGAGAACACUGUGAGGACGGAUGCCCUAAAGGUCUGUAUGGAAAGCAGUGCAAUAAGAAAUGUAACUGUGCCCAUAAUGGACGGUGCCAUCGCACAUACGGGGCGUGUCUGUGUGACCCGGGGCUGUACGGCCGCUUCUGCCACCUGCCAUGUCCUAAAUGGGUGUUCGGUCCCGGCUGCUCCGAGGAAUGUAAGUGCGUCCAGGAAAACACUCAGGAGUGCCAUCGGCGACACGGCACCUGCGCCUGCAAGCCGGGGUAUCAGGGUGACCGUUGUGAGAAAGAGUGUGAUGCAGGCUUUUAUGGUCCAGGCUGUGGUCAGAAGUGUUCCUGCUCAUCUGGGGCGGCGUGUGACCCUGUGACUGGGGUUUGUCAGUGUCCAGCUGGUAAAAAGGGAGAAAACUGCGAUGAAGAUUGUGAGGAUGGGACUUUUGGGAUUGGCUGCUCGGAGUCAUGUCACUGCUCAGGAGCCCCAUGUGAGAAGGUGAGCGGUCAGUGCCGAUGUCCUGCAGGGACGAUGGGCAGCCGGUGCGAGGAAGAGUGUGCUGCAGGCCAGUGGGGUUUGGACUGUAAGGAGACAUGUCCAGUGUGUGAAAAUGGAGGCGUGUGUGACAAACAGAACGGCUCGUGUUUUUGUCCAGCAGGAUUCAUGGGAAGCCUCUGUCAGAACUCAUGUCCAGCUGGUCGUUUUGGUCAAAGCUGCCAGCUGAAGUGUGUGUGUGAGAACAGCGGGCGCUGCCAUCCCGUGACUGGCCGCUGCUCCUGCGCUCCAGGCUGGACGGGUCACAACUGCAGGAAAGCAUGUGACCCUGGACACUGGGGCCUGGGCUGUGCGAAGGCGUGCGACUGCAGGAACAGUGAUGGCAGCUGUGACGCGCUAACAGGACAGUGUAACUGUGAAGCCGGGUUUACGGGAGAGAGCUGUGACCUCAAAUGCCCUGCUGGGUUCUUUGGCCUGGGCUGUCGGCAGCGCUGCCAGUGUGAUAACGAGGCGUCAUGUGACCAUGUAAGUGGAGCUUGUACCUGUAAAGUGGGCUGGACAGGAACGUUCUGUGAGAAACCCUGUCCUCAGGGUUAUUAUGGGCUGGACUGUCAGCACAAGUGUGUGUGUAUGAAUGGCGGGCACUGUGAUCACGUGAGUGGGAAAUGUGCCUGUCCUGCAGGCUGGAUUGGUCCAAGCUGUAACCAGACAUGUCCCGGUGGUUUUUACGGUGAAGGCUGUUCUCAGACCUGUGCUUGUCAGAACAGUGAGAGAUGCCACGGCGUUACAGGACAGUGCGUGUGUACGGCAGGGUGGACGGGACUGAACUGCACACAGAAAUGCCCGGCGGGUUUGUUUGGGUUAGGCUGCAGUCAGGGAUGCUUGUGUCAGAAUGGCGGGGCGUGUGACCACAUCAGCGGGCGCUGUUCCUGUCCCAACGGCUGGACGGGCAUGGCGUGUGAGCGAGAGUGUGCUGCGGGCCGGUUUGGGCCGGACUGCCAGCGGACUUGUGAGUGUGAGAAUGGGGGUCAAUGUGACAGGCAGACCGGACAGUGUGUUUGUGGAGCCGGCUGGAUGGGACAGCGCUGCGAGAAAGCAUGCGCCUCAGGCCGCUUCGGCGUGGGCUGUGAGGAGCAGUGUGAGUGUGGACAUGGAGCUUCUUGUCAUCAUGUCAGUGGAAGAUGUGUGUGUCCAGAAGGCUGGCGAGGAGCUCAGUGUGACAAAGCCUGUUUGCCUGGAACCUUCGGAAGUAACUGUUCCCAGCUGUGUACGUGCCCACAUGGCACUUCCUGCCACCACGUUAGCGGAGAGUGCGGCUGCCCGCCGGGGUACACUGGAAAUGGAUGUGAGCAGACUUGCGUACCUGGCACCUACGGCCUUAACUGUAAUCAUGUGUGUCAGUGCUCCGAGAGGAACCAGCUGUGCCACCCGGUGUCAGGAGAGUGCUACUGCGCUCCAGGGUACACCGGACCCAAAUGUGAUCAGGAGUGUGAGAGCGGGCGCUAUGGUCCAGACUGUGAGAGGGAGUGUCAGUGUGUGAACGGCGGGGUGUGUCAGGCCACAAUGGGCGCAUGCCAAUGUCCACCUGGUUUUAUAGGAGCUCAGUGCAACAUCACGUGUCCGGUCGGGCAUUACGGGCAAGACUGUGCCCAUGUCGCUCACUGCAGGGCCGGGAUGAGGAAUGACCCAGUCACAGGGAGGUGUGUGUGCGCUCCUGGGCACCGAGGAGACGACUGUGGGCAAGGCUGUGCUUCAGGUUGGUAUGGUGUAGGCUGUUCUCAGCGCUGUAACUGCAGUAAUGGAGGUGUGUGUGACUCAGUCUCUGGGAAGUGUGUGUGUGGGCUCGGCUUCACUGGACCGUACUGUGAGAGAGAGUGCCCUGAGGGAUGGUACGGUCCAAACUGUGCACUGGAAUGUGUGUGUCAGCACAACAGCACAUGUGACGAGGUGACAGGAUCAUGUCUGUGUGGAGCAGGAUACUACGGUCAUCAGUGUCAGCAUGCUUGUCCAGAGGGUCUGUAUGGACCUCGGUGCCAGCAGCACUGCGAGUGUGUGAACGGAGCUGUGUGUGCUCCCGGCGACGGGCACUGCAUCUGUCCUGCUGGAUAUUGGGGGUCAAACUGCCAGAAAGCGUGUGAGCGCGGCACGUACGGUCUGAACUGCUCGAAGACGUGUGACUGCGCAGACGACACACCGUGUGACCCCGUGAGUGGCACGUGCAUGUGUGUGCCAGGAAAAACCGGACUCAGGUGUGAUGCAGACUGUCGAGUGAACCGGUACGGACCAGACUGCUCAUUAAACUGCGAAUGUGAGAAUGGAGCAGAGUGUGACAGUCGCACUGGUCACUGUGUGUGUGUGAAAGGCUGGAUCGGCGCCAGGUGUACAGAAGAUGGACCUCCACCUCUGAGCAGACGUGACAGAAGAGAUGAGCAGUCACAUCUGAACAACUUAUAACGCACAGCCUGAAGAAGUGAAGCAGGAAGAGCAGGCGUGUUGUUCCUCUGGAGCUCCAUGAACCUGCGUCAGACCUCCUCUGCAUGAGGACGGCGCUGAGGGAACACACACUCAUCCCACUCAGAGGAGGACAAAAAGCCAUUCAUCAUGUGUGUUUUCUACAAGCUGCACUGACUACACAAACAUAAAAACAAAGUAAAAUUGUUCUUUUGUACAAGAUCAGCAACUGCCUGUCAACAAAAGAAAAACAAACACACGAUCACACGAACUACACCUGCAUUUGUGAAUUUUGUGUUUCUAUGUUAUGAUCGUUAUACGUGUUACACUGUCCUUUAUUUAUCUGUAGAUUUAACAUCACAAAAGUACUGUUUUUGACAAUAUUUUUAGUAGCGAUGCAGGGGGAAAAAUUCACCAAUUCAUCCAACCAAAACCAAUCUGACUCCCUACAUCUUUUUUUUUUUUUUUUUAUAUGUUUGCAUUUGAAGUGGAAAUAUGUUGCAGUUCCUCUACGAUCCUACAGAUGGUGCUCUAAACUAUUUAAACAUGGUCAGGCAGCACAGCAUCCUGUGUAGUAGGAGAAAACUGGUUGCUAAGUACAAAUUGAAUCACCACCUAAGUAUCGUAUCAGGUGCUUCCUCAUCAUCAUCAUCAUCAUCAUCAUCCCUACAUACUUGGUGUCUGACAUUUGCUCCAAGGUCUUCUUGUAAUGAGGCUGUUUAAAAUCAUGUAAAGAACGAGCUACACCUUGCACUCAUAUAGAUAAAGGGACAUAAUACAAUGUGCAAAUGAGAUUUAAGCUUUAUACGAUGUAAAGUGUUCAGUUUUCAAAGAAAAGUGUUCUUUAUUCAUGGUGCUAUUUUGCUUAAUACAGGAGUUUAUAUGUAUAUUUUUUAUGAUAAUUUGCUUGUCUUGAAUUCGUAACCAGCAACAAUGUACUAUAAUGAUCAUGCAGUGACCUUAUUUAAGGCCUGAUCUCAAGGGUUGUUGUAUUAUUCUUUCAGCAGUUUUCAUUCUACAGUAUAUAAAGUUGUUUAAUGUAUUUAUGUAUGAUGGAUAUGUACAUUAUUUUUAUUAAUGCUGUAUAAAUAAAAAUAUAUAUAGUCCAUGGAAGAGUCAUAUUUUUAAAAUCUUGUUUGAAAGUGUAAGGAGAGGGAAAAGAAAAAACAAGACCAGAUGCCCAAGUUUCAUCCUCAUUAAUAUUUUAUAAUUUCCAUUUCAUAGAUACUGAAGCUGUACAUUUCUAAAUUUCAAUUCAAGCACAAUGCAGUUAGCAAUGCCUGCCAAUGAAGGAUUAAAAAAAAAAAAAAAAAAAAAGAAAAAAAAAAUGCCGAAGUGAUCACAACCAUUUAUAUGUAUAUAUGUACAAAAGGUCAAACUAUAUACAGAUAUAUCAUUCUGGACAUCCAGUAUCUCUCCACACACAGGAGGAGAUGUAAGCUUG